AUGGCGGCCAUUGAAGCGCCUGCGGUCCGUGCUGCUGCAUUGUCAACGUGUCAGUCUGAUCUGUCCGCGUCCAGCUCACGGCGAACUGUGGGAUGGCAACCCGUGAGCCACUCCGCUAGUUUUAGCAAGCUCGCGAAGAGCGUUCGCGGGACGGCGAAGGUCAGAGCUGUAGCGGAGAUCAAGCCAGCGGCUGCUGACUCACCAAAGAUGAAGGAUCUUGCGCGCCCUGACUCGUUCGGCCGCUAUGGCCAGUUCGGCGGCAAGUACGUUCCAGAGACCCUCAUGGCCGCGUUGGAUAAUCUCGAGAAGGUUUACAACGAGACAGUCCAGGAUCCUGCUUUUCAGGCGGAGUUCCAGUCGAUCCUCAAAGACUACGUGGGUCGCGAGUCGCCGCUCUACUUCGCGGAGCGCCUCACGGAGCACUACUCGCGCCCCGACCCCGCUGAUCCCUCGCGCCGCGUCGGCCCGCACGUGUACCUGAAGCGGGAGGAUCUGAACCACACGGGCGCGCACAAGAUCAACAACGCCAUUGGUCAGGUGCUCCUGGCGAAGCGCAUCGGCAAGAAGCGCAUCAUCGCGGAGACGGGCGCGGGGCAGCACGGCGUCGCGACGGCGACGGUGUGCGCGCGCUUCGGGCUGAACUGCAUCGUGUACAUGGGCGCGGAGGACAUGCGGCGGCAGGCGCUCAACGUGUUCCGCAUGCGCCUGCUGGGCGCAGAGGUGCGGGCGGUGCACAGUGGCACGCGCACGCUCAAGGACGCCACGUCAGAGGCGAUCCGCGACUGGGUGACCAACGUGGACACCACCCACUACAUCCUCGGCUCUGCCGCGGGCCCCCACCCCUACCCCAUGAUCGUGCGCGACUUCCAGGCCAUCAUCGGUCGGGAGGCCAAAAAGCAAUCCUAUGAGAAAUUCAACCGACUCCCGGACGUGCUGGUGGCGUGCGUAGGAGGAGGGUCGAACGCCAUGGGGCUGUUCCACGAGUUCGUGGAGGACGAGGGCGUGCGCAUGGUGGGUGUGGAGGCGGCGGGGCACGGCGUGCACACGGACAAGCAUGCCGCCACGCUCACUGCCGGGGAGGUGGGCGUGCUGCAUGGCGCCAUGAGCUACCUGCUGCAGGACAGCGAUGGGCAGAUCAUCGAACCGCACAGCAUCAGUGCCGGCCUUGACUACCCCGGAGUGGGUCCCGAGCACAGCUUCCUCAAGGACAUUGGGCGGGCGGAGUACUUCAGUGUCACUGAUGACGAGGCACUGCAAGCUUUCAAGCGUGUGUCGCGAUUGGAAGGCAUCAUCCCUGCCCUGGAGACAUCUCAUGCGUUGGCAUACCUCGAAUACCUCUGCCCUCAGCUGGCCGAUGGCACCAAGGACAACGGCAUCAAGCGGCUGAAGCUGUUCGGCGCUGACGUGGACAUUCUGCGCGCGCUGGUGGGCACGGACAUCGAGGUGGCGGUGAUGCUGCAGAACGAGUAUCUCAACCUCGUCGCCGGCUCGCAGAAAGAGGCGGCCAAAUGGCUCAGCAACAACGUGUCGCCCUUCGUGUUCCCUAAGGGGGCCAACAUCAGGGAGAUAGCCGUGGGAAAUGAGCCGUUCCUGCAGGGCUACCAAGGCAUGUACGAGUCAGCAGUGGUGCCAGCGAUGCGAAAUAUGUACAGUGCGCUACAGGACGCCAAACUAGACGACAAAAUCAAGCUCACCGUGCCUCUUAACGCGGAUAUUUUGGGGAGCUCGUACCCGCCGUCCUCGGGCGAGGUUCGGGGGGAUAUUUUGGAGGAUAUCACCGCGAUUGCAGAUAUUUUGAAGCAGUCUGGCGGAACGUUCUCGAUAAAUAUCUACCCGUUUCUGACGCUGCACCAGGACACGACGGGGGCUAUAGGACUGAACCAGGUUUUUUUGGGGCAGCCUGGCGGGCAGGCGUGGCAGUUCAAGGACCCGAAGAGUGGGCUGAAAUACAACAACAUUUUCGACGGGGCGUUUGAUGCUGUGGUGGCUGCUCUUCAGAAGAUCGGAUACGGCGAUCUGCCGAUCGAGAUCGGCGAGAUCGGAUGGCCAUCCGACGGUCAGGGUGACACGAGGGGUUAUGCCACAGUGGACAACGCCUAUCGCUUCAACCAGGCCAUCCUAGCCCACAUGCCGUCAGGACAAGGCACGCCGGCCCGCCCAAAUCAAAUCUUGAGUGGAUACCUCUUCGCGCUUUCAGACGAAGACCGGAAGAUCACUCUAGCCGGCCCGUUCGAGAGGCAUUGGGGGAUUUUCCGCGUGGACGGGACCCCAAAAUACCCCUUGGAUUUGACGGGCGGCGGGAAGAAUGUCACUCUGAAAAGCGCAACAGGGAUUGUGCUGUACCCCGGGCAGUGGUGUGUGGCCAAGGAGGGCGUGGACCCGCAGAAAUUGGCAGAAGCGGUGACGUAUGCGUGUGGGGAUAUGAAGCCUUCGGAUUGCACGCCUGCACAGGUUGGAGGGUCGUGUUACUUUAAUGGGAGCACAGCAAAGGUUGCGACCUAUGCGUUUAAUAGUUACUUCCAGCUGAAUAACCAGUCGGGUGGGGCGUGUGACUUCAAGGGGGUGGCGGAAGUGGUGCAGAACAAUCCUACCCAGGAGCAGUGUAGAGUGAAGUUUGCUGACGAGCGGUUGGCUCCCGGCCACGCUAUUCAUGGAUCUGUCUUGGGUAGAAGAACAGAGCAACUGGAGUCAUUAUUCAAGCUGGGGAAGAAGCUUGGCCAGGGCCAGUUCGGCGUAACGUUUCUCUGCACGGAGAAAGCCACGGGGAAGGAGUACGCGUGCAAGACCAUCGCAAAGAAGAAGCUUAUAUCGAGGGAGGACGUGGAGGACGUGAAACGCGAGGUGGCGAUCAUGCAUCACCUGGCGGGCCAUGGCAACAUUGUGUGCAUCAAAGGAGCGUACGAGGAUCACUUGAAUGUGCACAUUGUCAUGGAGCUCUGCACGGGAGGCGAGCUGUUUGAGCGCAUCAUUAAAAAGGGCCACUAUAGUGAGCGGCAGGCGGCGGAGCUAACGCGGACGAUCGCGAAGGUGAUAGAGGCGUGCCACUCGCUGGGUGUGAUCCACCGCGACCUCAAGCCGGAGAACUUCCUCUUCGCCAGCAAGUCCGAGACUGCUGAUCUUAAGGCCACCGACUUCGGCCUUUCCUACUUCUUCAAGCCAGGCGAGUACCUGUCGGACGUGGUGGGCAGCCCGUACUACGUGGCGCCGGAGGUGCUGCGGCGGAGGUACAACGAGAAGGCGGACGUGUGGAGCAUGGGCGUCAUCAUCUACAUCCUGCUCUCCGGCGUGCCACCCUUCUGGGCAGAGACGGAGCAGGGCAUAUUUGAGGCGGUGCUGCGGGGCGAGCUGGACUUUGAGUCGGACCCAUGGCCGUCCAUCAGUGAGGACUCCAAGGACCUCAUCCGCCACAUGUGCUGCCUCGACCCCAAGAAACGCUACUCUGCUUAUGACGUCCUCUGCCAUCCGUGGGUGGCCAAGGAUGGCGUCGCACCGGACAAGCCACUGGGCUCGGCGGUCCUCUCUCGUCUGAAGCAAUUCACAGCGAUGAACAAGCUCAAGAAGAUGGCGCUGCGCGUGAUCGCAGAGAGCAUGUCGGAGGAGGAGAUCUCGGGGCUCAAGGAGACGUUCAAGAUGAUGGACACUGAUGGCAGCGGCACCAUCACGUAUGAGGAGCUGCGCGCCGGGCUCAAGAGGAUCGGGUCUACGCUCAAUGACAUGGAGAUUAAGGAACUCAUGGAUGCGGCUGAUAUUGACGGCAAUGGCACCAUUGACUACGGCGAGUUCCUGGCAGCGACGGUGCAGCUGAACAAGAUAGAGCGCGAGGAGACGCUGUUUGCGGCCUUCUCCUACUUUGACAAGGACUCGUCUGGCUUCAUCUCCACCGAUGAGCUGCAGGACGCGUGCCGCGAGUACGGCGUCGACGAGGAGUGCAUCGUUGAGACCAUGCGCGACGUUGACACUAACAAUGAUGGCAUCAUUGACUAUAACGAGUUUGUUGCUAUGAUGAGGCAAGGGAACGGAGGGAUUGCGCUAUCGGGGCUUGUAUUUGACCUCAGUUCCCUCAAGCCCAUCCUCAGGGAUUCCUAUUUUAUCUUCGGCUCGUCCGACAAGCCCGAGCCUGACACCGAGCCGAACGCCGAGCCUUUCGCAAAGCGGCGCCGCCUCGAGGAGCCCUCUUUGAUGCUUCCGGACCUGGAAGCGGACUGCAGCUCUGACGUCAGCACUUCAUCCGCAGAGCACGCAACCGAAUGGACGCUUCAGCCGGCGCUACAGCCGCAACGGCAGCAGCAGCAGCAGCAGCAGAGGCCGGCGUCCCUGUCGGAUUUGAGCGAGGACCUUUUAUUGAAGGUGCUUCAAUCGGGGCAUCCGACGGCAUGGGAUUUGUGCCGGUUCUCGUGCGUGAGCCGGCAGUGGAAGCAGCUGUGCUACAGCCGCGUGUUUUGGACCAAGCUCCGCAUCGGCCCGGGCAGCAUGCAUCCAGGCGUGGAGCUGCUCGCGGCGCGCUGCACCAACCUGACGGACCUCUACGUGGACGACCCGCGGUGCGAGCUACACAUCCUGCACCCAAUCAUUGUCGCAUGCAGCGACUCGCUGCGACGCAUCGCCGUGUACCUCAUGGUGAUUGGCUGGCGAAACCUGUCAUGUCUGCGCAUCCACAUGGGGGCUUUAGAGGUCGAAGACCUAUUGGCGCUGCGCAAGUGCACGUCUUUAAGAGUGUUGGAAUUAGUAGGAGGUUCUAUCCACACCCUACCCGCCGCUCUCGGCGCUCUUCCCUCGUCAGCCCCCGCGCCCGCAUCCACUUUCCCCUGGCUCGGCACGAGCCGACUCGCCGUAGGCUCGGGAACAGGUUCGGGGACAGGCUCGGGGACAGGUUCGGCAGCGCCGGACGCGUUUCACCCGGAGCUGGAGGUGCUGAUUCUAACAGACGUGGACUUUGAUGCGGCGGUAGUGGCGACUAUCGCGCUCCGGCGCAUGGCAGUAGCAGCUGCAAUUGAUGGCGCUGCAGGGGGCGUGUUUGGAAGGCCUGUGCUUGCCAGCGCUGCUGUUCCUUCUGCUGCCGUGCCUGCUGCCGUGCCUGCUGCCGUGCCUGCUGCCGGGCCUGCUGCUAUGCCUGGUGGUGGCGCUGGUGUUGCUAAUGAUGGUGCUGCGCGUGGGGCGUUAUUUCCACCUGUGAACAUGACAGUCCGUGCAGCGAUGUGGGGUGUGGGUGCAGCACCUUUGGGCCAAGGUGCUGGCCCUCAGGCAGAUGCUGGCCAUGGCAGGGCGGCUAGACAUGGUCACGAAAUGGACAUUUACGGUAGGAGGUAG